GGAUCAUGUGGCAUUGUGAGCUUAAAGUUUUUCUAAUCCUGUGGACGGUCUCCCAGGUAUAUAUACCUUGCUGGGGAAAGAAGUUCAUCAGUCGAUUUGAGUCGAUAAAUGGUAUUGAAGGCGAAAAGGAAACUCUAUUCACUUGUUCAGUGCGGCUCGUGGGAAGAGAACGUAUGUUAAAUGGAUCAAUUAUGCACCAAGUCGACUUGGACGACUCCUUCGAUGUGUGGAUGGAUAUUCUUCACUUCAAGAACGGAGAGUGGGCUCAAGGAAAUAUCAAAGUGCGAACGAAGCCCUGCGAUUGGUUCACCAACUACUUUGGUAAAUACUUCCUGCCAUUGGUCAAGGAUUCAAAUCUACCGCCAAUUCAAGAGAUGUGUGUAUUCCCAAAGGGUGAAUAUUAUUUGCGAAUUACCAAAAUCGAACCUCAAAACUGGCCGCCGAUUUUGUAUCGAGGCCUAAACCAAUUCAACAUUAAUUAUGUAAGAGAUGGCAAAAGUACUGGCGGGAUUCAAUUUGUCAUUGACUUGGAAGAUUCCACAUUAUAGCCAAAUCAUAACAAAAUCAAUUACGGGCAAUGGAAAUGUUUUUAAUUAAAACAAUUGAAGACCAUUAUAGUUUUUUGUUCAUAUCGGGAAGAGCCUGUUUCUAAGUACCAUUUAAAUUGUAAAUAAAAUUCGAAUUCG